GCGGCGGGGAAGCCAGCAGACGACUCGGUCGUGUCUGUACUUUUGGAGGUGUAUAUAUAAAUAUAUAUAUAUACAUAAAAAAGGACAUCGGAGACUAUUUCGGCGGGAAAUAAGCUCAGAUUCAGGUGUAUCCCAGGAGUUGACCUUCACUGAUAUUCUACAGGCACAGACUUGGCGGCAAAAUGACGGCUGCGGAGAAUGUUUGUUACACUCUGAUUAAUGUUCCAACCGACUCGGAGCCUCCGUCUGAAGUCAGCUUGAAAACUGAUCUAGAAAAAGGAGAAAUCAAGGCUAAAACCGAGGCUCUGAAGAAGGUGAUCAUCAUGAUACUGAAUGGUGAGAAGUUGCCGGGACUGCUGAUGACGAUAAUUCGUUUUGUCCUGCCUCUUCAAGAUCACACCAUCAAAAAGCUGUUGCUAGUAUUUUGGGAGAUUGUCCCCAAGACAACCCCAGAUGGCAAGCUCCUCCAGGAAAUGAUUCUGGUUUGUGAUGCCUACAGAAAGGACCUGCAGCACCCCAACGAGUUCAUCCGUGGCUCCACCCUGCGUUUCCUGUGCAAACUGAAGGAGUCCGAGCUGCUUGAGCCCCUCAUGCCUGCCAUUCGGGCCUGCCUGGAGCACAGACACAGCUAUGUGCGCCGUAAUGCUGUCCUUGCUAUUUACACAAUCUACAGGAACUUUGAACAUCUAAUCCCAGAUGCCCCAGAGCUGAUUCACGACUUCCUUGUCAACGAGAAAGAUGCCAGCUGUAAAAGAAAUGCUUUCAUGAUGCUGAUUCAUGCUGACCAGGAUAGGGCUCUGGAUUACCUGAGCACCUGCAUAGAUCAAGUACACACGUUUGGGGAUAUUCUCCAGCUGGUCAUUGUGGAGCUGAUUUACAAAGUGUGCCAUGCCAACCCUUCUGAGCGUGCCCGUUUUAUUCGCUGUAUCUACAACCUGCUACAGUCCUCCAGCCCAGCUGUCAAGUAUGAGGCUGCCGGAACUCUUGUCACCCUCUCAAGUGCACCCACAGCCAUCAAGGCUGCUGCUCAGUGCUACAUUGAUUUGAUCAUCAAAGAGAGCGACAACAACGUGAAGCUAAUUGUUCUGGAUCGACUGAUUGAGCUAAAGGAGCAUCCCACCCAUGAACGUGUGCUUCAGGACCUAGUGAUGGACAUCCUGCGUGUGCUUAGUACGCCUGACCUGGAGGUGAGAAAGAAGACCUUACAGCUAGCCCUGGAUCUGGUCUCAUCUCGCAAUGUAGAGGAGCUGGUGAUUGUCUUGAAGAAGGAGGUGAUCAAGACCAACAAUGUGACUGAACACGAGGACACUGAUAAAUACAGGCAACUCUUGGUUCGCACCCUCCACUCCUGCAGCGUGCGCUUCCCUGACAUGGCGGCCAACGUCAUUCCUGUGUUGAUGGAGUUUCUAAGCGACACUAACGAGGCGGCAGCCGCAGACGUGUUGGAGUUUGUACGGGAGGCCAUUCAGAGAUUUGACAGCUUGAGGCCCCUCAUCAUAGAGAAGGUGCUGGAAGUUUUCCACGCCAUCAAAACUGUCAAGAUCUACAGAGGAGCCCUCUGGAUCUUGGGGGAAUACUGCAGCACCAAGGAAGACAUUCAGAGUGUGAUGACAGAAGUCCGCAGAUCACUGGGCGAGAUCCCCAUAGUGGAGAAUGAGAUCAAGAAGGAGGCUGGAGAAGUGAAGCCAGAGGAGGAGGUCAGUGUGGCUCCAGCCCAGAAGCUGGUGACAGAGAUGGGCACUUACGUGACACAGAGUGCCCUCAGCACUUCUCGGCCCUCCAAGAAAGAGGAGGACAGGCCUCCGCUCAGAGGGUUCCUGAUGGAUGGAGACUUUUACGUGGCAGCUUCUCUGGCCACCACACUAACCAAAGUGGCCCUGCGCUACGUUGCUAUCGUUCAAGACAAAAAGAAACAAAAUUCAUUUGUUGCAGAAGCCAUGCUGAUCAUGGUCACUGUGUUGCACCUGGGCAAGUCCUCUCUGCCCAAGAAGCCUAUCACGGACGACGAUGUGGAUCGCAUCUCACUGUGCCUGAAGGUUCUGUCGGAGUGCUCGCCGCUUAUGGACGACAUCUUCAACAAGGAGUGUCGAAAGUCCCUGUCACACAUGCUCACCGUCAGACUGGAGGAAGAGAAGCUAUCGCAAAAGAAAGAGUCUGAGAAGCGGAACGUAACCGUGCAGGCCGACGACCCGAUCUCCUUCAUGCAGCUGACAGCCAAGAAUGAAAUGACUUCUAAGGAGGACCAGUUCCAGCUCAGUCUCCUGGCGGCAAUGGGCAACACUCAGAGGAAAGAGGCUGCGGACCCCCUGGUCUCUAAACUCAACAAGGUGACCCAGUUAACUGGCUUUUCCGAUCCAGUCUACGCUGAGGCCUACGUCCAUGUCAACCAGUAUGAUAUAGUAUUGGACGUGCUGGUGGUCAACCAAACCAAUGACACUCUCCAAAACUGUACCCUUGAGCUGGCCACUUUGGGUGACCUUAAACUGGUUGAGAAGCCGUCUCCUCUGACUCUGGCCCCUCAUGAUUUUGCCAACAUCAAGGCUAAUGUGAAGGUGGCUUCCACGGAGAAUGGCAUUAUAUUUGGCAACAUCGUGUAUGACGUGUCUGGAGCUGCAAGCGACAGGAACUGUGUUGUCCUUAGUGACAUUCAUAUAGACAUUAUGGACUACAUCCAGCCGGCCUCCUGCACGGACGCAGAGUUCAGACAAAUGUGGGCAGAGUUCGAAUGGGAGAACAAGGUGACAGUAAACACCAACAUUACUGAUCUGAAUGAGUACCUUCACCACAUCCUCAGCUCCACCAACAUGAAGUGCCUGACUCCAGAGAAGGCACUUUCUGGCUUCUGCGGCUUCAUGGCUGCCAAUUUGUAUGCCCGCUCCAUCUUUGGAGAAGACGCCCUGGCCAAUGUCAGCAUUGAGAAGCCCAUCCACCUGGGGCCCGAGGCACCUGUCAGCGGGCACAUACGCAUUAGAGCUAAAAGCCAGGGCAUGGCCUUGAGCCUUGGGGACAAGAUCAACCUCUCCCAAAAGAAAGCAGCGGUGUGAAGCUCCUCUGAACAGCACCCAGACUGAUCCAUCUGAACAGCAUCCAGACUGAUCCAUCUGAACAGCACCCAGACUGACCCGUCUGAACAGCACCCAGAUUGACCCGUCUGAACAGCACCCAGACUGACCCAUCUGAACAGCACCCAGACUGACCCGUCUGGAAUGUAAGAGUCUCGUGCUGUUUUCAGAUGCCGCCUCUCUGCCACCAUUCUUCACCGUUCACCGUUCUUCUCAUAUAAGAGCUCGCUGUGGCCACUUUCUUCAAUUCUGUUUUUCUUUUUUUUUUAAUCUCACACCACGUCUUCAUGACUGCGCCUAGCAUUCCCCUAAGUCAUGCUCUUUCUCCUCGUCUGACCUUUACUUUUCAAUAAACAUGUAUUUAAACA